AUGAUAUCAUUCGAUUAAAUUCUUGAAAAAAAAAUUGGGACUGGAUUUUAUCAAUGGAAAAUAAUAUCUAUAGUUGGAUUAGUUGAGUUUUGUAAUGGAAUAUUAUUUACAUUUAUGUCGAUAAUGAUGGCAAUUCUUAAAUCUGAAUGGAAUUUAGACUCAUCAUAAAUAGCUAACAUUGGUUCAUCCUAUUUAUUGGGUAUUGCCCUAGGCAAUUUACUUUGCGCGUUUAUAGUAGAUAAAAUUGGAAGAAAGACUACUUUUGCAUUCUCUAGUGCUAUGAGUGCGUUUUUAAGUUUUUAUGUAAGUUUUAGCAGUACAUAUAUUGAAAUGAUCAUUUUAAGAUUGCUUUUUGGAUUAGUAUUUGGAAUAACUUAUUAGCUAGGAUUUAUUAUCCUUUCAGAAAUAACGGAAGCAAAGUUUAGAGGUAGAUUUAGUUUCUCAAUUUCUCUUCUUUUUGUUUUGGGAAAAAUAUUCUUAAUAAUUCUUUGUUUUAUCUUUUUAGAUAGUAUGGAAUCCGGAAAUUGGAGAGGCUUAAUGAGAUUUAAUGGAAUACCUUUAACUAUCGCAUCAUUACUUUCAUUUAUUUUUUUAAAAGAAACAAUCAGAUAUUAGUUAAAUUUAGGAUAAUUUGAUUAGGCUUUUAAAGAAAUAGAAGUUAUAUUACAAGAGAAUGGAAGGGAAGAUUGCUUAUUAAAUGAAUAAGAGGUACUUUUAAAUAAAAAUUAUAAUUCUAGAAAUAAGGAUUAUAAAUUUGGUAGGAAAAACAUAAAAUUGAAUGUUAAGAAUAACAAUUGCAUAAAUAUGGAAUAUUGUCCUCUGAAUAUAGAACCAUUACAUUUUUACUUUGGCUAAUAUACAUUUUAGCUAAUUUUUAGAGUAUGACUAUUUAUCUUUUGAUGCCUUUUUUAUUGGCUAAAAAAAAUUCAGGAUUUGGACCUAUGUUAACAUUAUUUAUAAUUGAAUUUUGUUUUUCUAUAAUAAUCUAUCAUUUUAUAGAUAAUCCACAUUAUGGAGGAAGAAUUAAUAUAAUUGCUUAUUCAGGAAUUGCUUUAUUAAUAUCAAAUGGAUCAUUAUAUAUAUUUUAAGAAUAAUUUCUCUAUCUCGGUUUGUUUAUAAUAAAAAUAGCAACAAGAGGAUUAUUUUCAACUAUUGGUAUAUUAGCUUGCGAGAGCUAUCCUUUGUAUCUAAGAUCAUAAGGUUGUGGUAUCGCUUAGGCAAUUGGAAAAAUAGGAGUAAUUCCAUCUCCUUAUUUUUUAUUUCCACUUUUAUUUUAUGAUCCCUAUUUGCCUUUUUUAUUAAUGGGUUUAUUAUCAAUAUUGAUUCUAAUCUUUGCUUGUGUUUUUGAUAAAGAUAAAACACAAAAGCAUCUAGAAACUUUAAAAGAAGAAUGA